AUGGCUAGAAAAUAUCUCACACAAGAAGAAUUGCAACGAUUUUGGGAGACAGUGAGCACGAGUGACGAAGAGUCUUUGGAUUCAAAGGAUGACCCUGAUUAUAAUGCUUCGGCAACGGAUACCAGCGACAAUUAUAGUAAAAAUUCGACGCCAAGACAUAACCUCACUGCUCCAGGAAUUUCUGCAAGCCUUCCGAAUAAUUCCUCAAAGCCAUGA